CGCUGCAUCGACUGGAACAGGGACGUCCUCAAGAAGGAGCUGGGGUUGACAGAGGAGGACAUCAUCGACCUGCCAGCCCUCUUCAAGCUGGACAAGCAGGGCAAAGCUGUGCCAUACUUCCCCAACAUGGUCACCAUGAUCAUCCUGGCCAAGGACUUGGGCAUCCCCAAACCCUUUGGCCCCGUGACGGGGGGCGAGUGCUGCCUGGAGCGCAGGACCCGCUCCCUGCUGGAGCCCCUGGGCCUUCGCUGCCGCUUCCUGGAGGAGGUGGCCUCCUACCACGGCAGCCUGGGCGAGGUUCGCUGCGGCACCAACGUCCACCGGCAGCCCUUCGCCUUCAAGUGGUGGCACGUCAGGCCAUAGCGGGGCCGCCG